UUAUGUAGUACCGACCGAAACUCGAUACUACUAUGUCUUUUUUAACUUUAUUUCUUUUUAUAAGGUGAUUUACGUAACAUUUAAUGGGAUACUUAAUAUCAAAAGUAUCGUCAAACAUAGAUGGCUAAAUCAUCAUAUACGAAACAAGCACAUCAAGACCACCAGAGACAUUUAGAUAUGUUAAAAUCUGAAUUUCAAAAAAGGUACGCAGAUCCUCCAGUUUCUGAUAAGAGUACAGAUAACUAUGAUAGCAUAAAAGGAAUAGGAAAUGGUGCUUAUGGAGAAGUAUUUUUAGUAAGAGAUAAAAGCAAGUUAACCUAUCAUGCUAUGAAAGUGGUAGAUAAAAAAGUCGUCGUGGAAAAAAAACAUGUUAAAAAUGUAAUAUUAGAAAAGAGAAUACUUCAGGGUGUCCGGUAUCCUUUUCUUGUGUCUUUAGAUGAUGCUUUUAAGGAUAAUGUUUAUCUUUACUUCAUAUUACCAUAUGUGGCCGGUGGAGAAUUAUUUACUUACAUACAAAAGUACGGCAGUUUAGCAGACCAUGUUUCAAAAUUUUACGUCAGUCAAGUUAUUUUAGCCAUAGAGUAUUUACAUUAUUGUGAGAUCGUACACAGAGAUAUAAAGCCUGAAAAUAUUUUGAUCGAUACUAACGGAUAUUUGAAAUUAUGUGAUUUUGGAUUUUGUAAAGUACUUUCGAAAAAAACGUGGACCUUAUGUGGCACACCUGAAUAUUUAGCCCCGGAAGUUAUUAUGUCGAAAGGUUACUCGUUUUCCGUUGAUUGGUGGGCGAUUGGUGUUUUAAUUUUUGAGAUGGGGUCAGGUUUUCCACCCUUCUUUGCGUCAGACCCCACGAAACUCUAUGAAAAAAUAUUGCAUGGUUAUUAUAAAUGCCCAGAUAGUUUAUUUCCCGACUGCAAGAAUAUAAUUAGAGGCUUAUUGCAAGUGGAUCCAACAAAACGGUUAGGAUGUCUCCAGGGUGGAGUAUUUGAGAUCAAGAGCCAUCCGUGGUUUAAUGAUAUACAUUGGCAGAUGAUCAUGCAACAAAGAAUUCCACCUCCAUUUGUUCCUAUAUGCCCAUCGCCUGGUGACACGAGUAACUUUCCAGAUAUAGAACAGAUAAAAUUAAAAAAGAGUUCGAAGUGUUAUUACGAAAAAGAAUUCGAAGAUUUUUGAAUACCUGCGAGAUCCCCAGGGAUAAGCAUCGAUCGAUAACUGUUAAUCAGAAAGAAAAUAAGUCUUCAAAAUAAUGUGACUUUCUGACCAGUUUAUUAGAAUAAUGUAAACCUAAGAACAAGAAAAGUGUACUGCUUUUUUCAAGAAGCCAAUAAAGCUUUAACUCUA